AUGAACCCUCAUCAUGGUGGAGUGAAGCAUGAAUUUGUGGGAGGAAGUUCUUCCUUUUGUGUGGUUGAUGGUCCUCAACCAAUGGAAGGACUUCAUGAAAAUGGUCCUCCACCAUUUCUCACAAAAACAUAUGAUAUAGUUGAUGAUCCUUCCACAAAUCAUAUAGUUUCAUGGAGCACAGGCAACAACAGCUUUGUUGUGUUGGAUCCUCAAGCCUUUUCUGUUGGUCUUCUCCCAAGAUUCUUCAAACACAACAAUUUCUCAAGUUUUGUCAGGCAACUUAACACAUAUGGAUUUAAAAAGGUUGAUCCAGAUAAAUGGGAAUUUGCCAAUGAGAUGUUUCUAAGAGGACAAAAAAUCCUUUUGAAGAACAUUAGAAGGAGAAGAGCAAAUAGAUCACAAGCAAUGCAACAACAAGCUCUAGACCCUUCUUGUGUUGAGGUAGGAAGGUUUGGAUUAGACGGAAUAGAAGUCGAUCGGUUACGGCGUGACAGACAAGUUCUAAUGGUUGAGUUGAUGAAACUCAGACAACAGCAACAGAAUACUAUAGCUCACCUUGAAGGUAUGGAAGUAAGGGUUAAAAGAAAUGAACAGAAACAAAAACAGAUGAUGAAUUUCUUGGCAAGAGCAAUGCAAAAUCCUAAUUUCUUGCAACAGUUGGUUCAAAAGAAUGAGUGGAGAAAAGAGUUAGAGGAGAUGAUUUCUAUGAAGAGAAGAAGACCUAUUGAUCAAGCUGGGCCUAGUAAUGUUGAAGUUGGUGAUGAGUUAGGAUAUGAUGCUGAAGAUUGCUUAGCUUCUGUUAAACUUGAACAACAUCAAUAUUUUGAAGAGGAUACUAAUCUGAUUAAUCAAGUUGAAAUUACAGAUAAAGAGAUUGAUAUUGAAGAAUUUUGGCAAGAUUUGUUUAAUGAAGGUAAUAUUCAAGAUAAAAAUGUACUAGAUGUUGAAGAUGUUGGUUGA